AUGUUCAUAGCGGUUACAGCCGAGAACCGUCUCCGUGGCGACUGCGCCGGACCCUCCCCCAGACGGAGGCUGCCAAGGCUCCUACCACAUUCUCUGAGGAAGGCGAUUAGAGCCGUAGACCGGACGGUCGCUUUAAGGGAUCUAGUGAGGCACCGCGGCGCGGUGUCGGGGCACUCGGGGCGGGGGGGGUCUACUGAGCCGCGGGGAUUUUCCCUGGGCCCAAGGAUUCUCCUGCAUGCGGAGGCCACCUCCCCUCGGACCCCUGACCUUGUCGACACCGCCCCCCCAUCCCUGUCCCCCGUCCUGGAGGAUCAGCCCAACUUUGGCCAGGUGUCUGACCACGGGCCAGAGCUGCACCGGCCCCUCCCCGGAAUCGUCCUCCUUUCCCCUGUUUGCCUCCUUCGCCCCUCCCUCCGGGCACAGGACCCUAUUCCUGCGGGCCCCCAGCUUGUGGCCCUGGACCGAUCUACCUCCAGGGCCUUAAGGCCCAAGACACCCCGAAGGAAUGCAGUUCCACCCUCAGGUCGCGCCCCGGGUCUGGGGAGGUCCCGAGCCCAGGUUGGGCAGCCUCCUGCGGAAGAAGGACGCCGUGGGGCCGGGCGCCUUGCUGGGCAGCUUUCCCAAGGUGGUCUGAGAUGUGGCUCUGGUGUUUGUGGCCGCAGGAUGCACAGGAUCUUCACCGUGAAGACUGUGGACCCUUUUGAUGACCGCAAGGGGUGUGCUGUCUCUGUACCCGUGAUGGAUAACCCCAUAAAAAGGUUAUAGAUCUAGUUAGGUUUACUGUUUUCCCUCUCCCUUCCUCUAAAAGGCUGCCAGGAGGCUCUCCUGUUACCUCAUCCUUCCCCAAGUGUUUUAUCUUUCCAAUCUCUUACUCUCUUCUCCACCCCCACCCCCAUUUAAUUAGGUUCAGCAUUCUUAGUUGUUAAAUGCCUAGUCGGUGCUGGCUAGGUACUCAAAAUUAAAAAUGAAGCAGAUAGAGUACUG